AUGGUGGCCAUUUUGGAGCUGAAAGAACUGCAGCAAAGGAGAAGCAUCUUUAGUAGGUUUGGAGUGCCGAAGGGACUUGUACGUGAUGGGGGAAGCCACUUCUACAAUAAGCAAUUGAAUUCUCUUCUCCAUAAAUAUGGAGUAACUCACAAAGUGGCCACACCCUAUCACCCACAGACAAACGGGCAAGCUAAACUUGCAAACAGGGAGCUAAAGAGAAUAUUGGAGAAAACUGUGGGAGCAAUAAGAAAGGAUUGGACAAGGAAGCUAGAUGAUGUACUUUGGGCAUACAGGACAGCAUUCAAAACUCCUAUAGGAAGGUCUCCAUUUCAGCUAGUGUAUGGGAAAGCAUGCCAUCUGCCUGUAGAGCUUGAACACAAAAUUUUUUGGGCCACCAAACUACUGAAUCUUGAUGUUCAAGCAGCUGGAGAAAAGAGAUUACUACAGCUCAAUGAGCUGGAAGAGUUCAGACUUGAAGUCUAUGAAAGUGCCAAGAUAUACAAAGAAAGAGCAAAAAGGUGGCAUGACAAGAAGAUCUCUCCAAGAAGGUUUGAACUAGGACAGAAGGUGUUGCUUUUCAACUCAAGAUUGAAGAUUUUCCCUGGGAAGCUGAGAUCUAGAUGGACUAGCCCAUACACUAUCACUAGAGUAUCCCCUCAUGGCUAUGUGGAACUACUUGAUGAAACCUCAGGAGAGACUUUCACAGUCAAUGGUCAUAGAGUGAAACUUUACCUUGGUGGCCCCUGGAGCAAGGAAGAGAAUGUCCACUUGUUAACAUAA